UUUAAGUCAAAUCGUGGAAUCAAUAAAAGCAUUGCAGCAAAUAAUACAUAUAACAUGACUAAUAAUAUUUAUAAUAAUAUAAGUAACAAUAUCUAGUCAGUAGGAGAAUACGAGCUAGUUAGCUGGAACUAAUAGUAGUACUAGUUCCAGGGUUAACUAGUUACUGCCUAUUUUAAAUUCAUCAGUCGCUUACACUGAAAAUAAACAAUUAGUGGAACUAGUUCCGGUUGCUUUGGAACUUUGGAAUUAUUGAAUAUAUAUAUGUUUGAAACUAGUGACCUAGAGUACUGGGCAUGCAUCAGGUUAUGCUAAUCACCAAUUGACAAUACUUCAUACUGUUAUCUUCACUUAUUAUUUUGAUUGUAUUGUUUCAAAGCUAUCGGAGGCAAUUAGUUAUAGCUGCGCGCCGAAAACAAAAUGUUUAUUUUCCUAAUUUUUGCCGUUGCCGCCUUGGCGUUGCUAGCCCUCUUUCGAUGGUAUAGAAAAAACUUUGAAUAUUGGAAGCACUACCCCUUAAUGCCCAGUGUACGAGGACGCAUCUUCAGUGGCAAUCUGUUGGAUAUUCUUACGUUUAAAACAAACUUUGUAUUUCUAAUGAAGGAUAUUUACGCAGAGACGAAAUUUCAAAAUGAGCCUUUAGUUGGAAUAUAUGCUUUGAAACCUGCACUGUUGGUGCGAGAUCCGGAAUUAAUCAAAUCGAUACUGAUAAGAGACUUUGACUGCUUUAGUAAUCGCUUUUCGCAAAGUCAUGCGGAGGAUCCCAUCGGCAAUCUAUCUCUGUUCCUGAGUCGUUACGACAUCUGGAAGGAUCAGCGAUCUAAACUGAGUCCCGCCUUUAGCACUGGCAAAAUGAAACUAAUGUAUCCCCUCAUUCAGCAAGUGGGAGAAAAUUUAGAAGCCUAUCUGCACAAGCAGGGUGAUCGCUUUGUAUGCGGAUUCAAAGAAUUGGCCUACAAGUAUACCAUAGACACAGUUUCCACAACGAUUUUUGGAUUCUGCUCGAAUUCCCUGGAAAAUCCGCAAGAAGAAAUGAAUUUGGCUUCGCGCAAACUGUCAAGCGCCAAUUUUCGUCGAGGUAUUAACUUUCUAAUCAUGGGCUUCCUGCCUGAGCUAAAUAAAUUUUUGAAGCCAACAUUCUUUUAUACGGAGUCCAAUGAGUUUGUCCGCCGGGCAUCGGAUAUUGCAAUUGAGGACCGAGAGAAGACUGGCAUCAAACGCAAUGAUUUGAUUGAUCUAUUUGUCAAACUCAAAGCAGAAGCUGUGACCAAGGGAGUGGAUAUGAUAGAAUUUCGGGAUACCAUCGCCGGACAAAUGGCAGUAUUUCUGGGAGGUGGCACCGACACCUCCUCGACCACCAUUUCCAAUAUCUUGCUGGAGCUAGCCAAGCAACCUCAAAUCCAAGACCGUCUACGUCAAGAAAUAAGGACAGCCUUUAUGGAGGGCAAUGGUUCCAUUUCGUAUGAUACCCUCACUUCGAUGGAAUAUUUGAAAAUGGUCAUUGACGAAACUUUACGCAUCUAUCCCAUCUUUCCUUUGCUCGAAAGACAAUACUUGGAUCCUAAAGGAACAGGCAAGCCCUAUUCUCUAAAACCGUACAGUGACUUUGAAAUACCCCAUGGUAUGGCUGUUUAUAUAUCAGCGUUUGGCCUGCAAUAUGAUCCAAAGUAUUGGCCAGAUCCGGAGAAGUUUGACCCUGAACGUUUCUCGCCCGAGAAUAAACAAUCCAUGAAUCCCAUGAUCUACCUGCCCUUUAGCAGUGGCCCCCGCAAUUGCAUUGGUGCUCGCUUGGGUUAUUUACAAGUGUCUGCAUGCAUUGUUCAUGUCCUCAAAAAUCAUUACGUCAAAGUGUGCCCGCAAACCGACUUGAACCCAGAUUUUAACAAAACGACAUUCUUUUUGCAAACCAAAGGUGGCAUCCACUUAGAAGUUAUAAGAGAUUACAUGUGCAAGCAGCCUAUGGCGUGAAUAGCCAAGUAAAGCUGGCCAAUAAAGAUGCUGAAUAAUGCUAGGUGUUGGAUGUGUGUUUCACACAAUCAGUGAUUAGCAUUUCACGAGAAUAAUUGUACUCAGCUGUUUACGGUACACUACCUGGUUAUUAUAUCAUGGUUUCACACAUUUCUAUAACGUAUAGGCAAAGUCCUCAUCUGUCUGUAGUUUACUGAAUUA